AUGGAAAGUGGUAUAAGAUCAGAUGUGCAUAUUCUGGAAGUUUUAAAAAUCCCUUUGAUUAAACUGAGAAUUGCAAGUGCCGAGUAUAAUCAGGAUCUUGAGGGAUAUAUUAAUUCUCUAUCAACAUUAAUACAAGAAUUCAAUAAAGAAGAUAAUAAACGUAAUGUCAAUUGGAAAUUGUAUAGAGUAGAAGAAUCACAAAGCAGUAGAGCAUAUUUUAAAUUACGUCCUAAUAUUAAAAUGUAUUUGAUAAUUGAAAUAGGAUUACCCCCUGCAUAUCAGGCGGAAAAUGUUCACAUCACUAUUCAUGAUAAUGAAAGUACGGCGCUUAGUAUAGAAAAUUCUCCACCAUACGAAGGAUCUUUGGAAUCUAACGAUCAUAAUUCUUGUAUUUCAUUACCACCACCAAUUCUAACAGCCCGCAGGAUCGAUCGUCUAAAUGAAUUAAAACAAAAUAUUUUAUCUGAAUAUCCAAAAAUAAAAAUUUAUACUCGUCAAUUGGACGUACGUGAUAAAUCCACUGUUGACCAAUUGGUUUCGAGUUUGCCUAAUGACCUAAAGGAUAUUGACGUUUUGAUUAAUAAUGCUGGAUUAGUAAAAGGAAUGGACAAGAUUGAAAACGUUUCUGCAGAUGAUAUCGAUACAAUGAUCGAUACAAAUGUUAAAGGAUUAUUGUACGUUACUCAAGCUGUGCUUCCAAGAAUGAAGGAACGUCAAAAGGGUCAUAUAAUUAAUAUUGGUUCUAUUUCAGGAAAACAAAUUUACGCUAAUGGUGGUGUAUAUUGUGCAUCAAAACAUGCUGUUAAUGCUUUAUCGAGGACAUUACUUCAUGAAUUGGUGGACACUCCAAUUAGAGUUACGGAAAUAAAUCCUGGUAGAAGUAUGGUAGAAACGGAAUUCUCUGUUAUCAGAUUUGGUGGUGAUAAAGCAAGGGCCGACAAAGUUUAUGAAGGGAUUACACCAUUAACUGGUGAAGAUAUUGCCGAAACGGUUGUAUUUGUUGCAUCUAGACCAGACCAUGUUAAUAUUGCAGAUGUUACAUUAUAUCCUGUCAACCAGGCUUCGGUUUACUUAGUGCAUAGACCAGGUUCUAAAAAAUAG